UAAAUCUUACCCAUGAUGUUUUGUUUAUUUAUUGUACAGGAUGUCUUUGAGAAAGUUAACAAGGCGUAUGAGUUCCUGUGCUCCAAGACAUCACGACGUACUCAUGGUCCUGAUCCACAUAAUAUUGUACUCAUUCUCAAAGCACAGUCUAUUUUAUUCAAAAGAUACAAAGAUGAGCUUCACCCAUACAAAUACUCAGGUUACCCAAUGCUCAUCAAGACCAUACGCAUGGAGACCAAUGACAGUUCACUGUUCUCUAAGGACGCACCUCUAUUGACUGCUGCCAGUGAACUAGCGUAUCAUACUAUCAACUGCUCUGCACUUAAUGCUGAAGAACUCAGAAGAGACAAUGGUCUCGAGGCCCUAGUGGAAGCAUAUGUUCGAUGUUGUGAAGUCAUUUCUUCCUUCACCAAACCAGAUGAGAUUGCUGUUCAGGUGUGUAUUCACAUCACCAAGUGUUUCGCUGUGUCCGCGCAGUUUGAAGAAUCCAGGGAGAAGAUCACAGAAAUGCCAGCCAUUAUCAAAGAUAUGUGCAGCCGUUUAUACUACAAGAACCUGCCCAACCUGUGCUCAGUUGCCGCUGAGUGUGUGAGCGCUUUCAGUGUGGACUUCUGGCUGCAGACACAGAUGCUUCAAGCAGGAGUAUUAUGGCAUUUGUUGCUGUACUUGUUCAACUAUGACUACACUUUAGAAGAGAGUGGAGUCGAAAAAAGUGCUGAAUCCAACCAACAGGAAGUCGCUAAUAACUUGGCUCAUAUAUGUGUUAAUGCUUUGGCAAGACUUGGAGGAUAUUUACCCGAUGAAAAUGUCACACCAGAAAACCCAGCCAUCAGGAAAUCUCUGUCUGCGUUAUUAACACCAUACAUAGCACGACAACUGUCUAAUGAUACUCCUAAAGAGAUCCAGGGAGAUACUUCGUUUGGAGCCGAGUUCACGUUUUCUGUCCAUGAGAAGGAGCUAAUCGUGGGUGAGAUCUUUGUACGGAUCUAUAAUGAACAACCAACAUUCCCUCUUGAGGCUCCACAGAAAUUCGUUCUAGAACUGGUCAACUACUUAGGCUCAGACGCACAGGUAAACUUCAUUGCUUCUUCUACUAAGGGUCCUGAAAUGGUAAAAUGGGAUUUGCUUUUAUUCUGGCGCAGUAUGAAUAAGAUUUAG